AUGAACCAUGACCAGCGUUCCAGCUACAAUGCCUAUAUUGAGGCGCAAGGAGUCGGGAAAGACCCUUCCUUGUGCAACAUCGCGUCGCCCUUUGCGAAAGAUCUCAUAGAUUGUCAGGUUUGUAUUGGAGUCAAUAGCAAGAACUCGACCAGUUUUGAGGAUCUUGGACCCGAAUUUCAACAAUAUCUGGACCUCUGCAACCAAGUACAGACGGUCACGUACGCCACUACCAUCACAUACCUCAAUGGUGACGUUGAAUUGGUAACUCUGACGAAGACAACAACGGGCCCGAUAAAUUACGCCCCGACCACCUCGACUCCUUCUGCGUCUACUUCGUCACAGAGUGUCAUGCCUACAGAAUCAGCUUCGACAGAAUCGACCCCAGCCCCCAAUCGAGCAUGGGUAGCCGGUCUGGUCAUUGGCUGUGUCGCCGUCACUGCUCUUGUUACUGGUUUCUGGUUUCUCAGACGCAGAAGACGGAGAGCCAAUCAGGCAGCUAUUGAGAACACGAGCGAAGCACAUGACGAGUAUACCAAGGCCCAACUUCACUCCGACAGUCUGCCUCCCAAGCCUGCCAUAGAACUCGAGGGGUCAUACCCAGAUCCCAUACCGGAGAUGAGCGCGAACGAGAUUGCUGCACAAGAAAUUCGACUGAAGAUGUCGGCUUCGAUAAUCACAUCGACGACUGGGGCUACUUUCACGUACCCUACGCCAGAACCAUCCAUGGUGACCUAUUCGGCCAGGGCAUAUUUCAUGACGAGUCCAUCGGGACCAUGCAUGAAACGUUUGAAUGCCCUCUACAUAUACAUCCAGGCAAUCGGCAAACAGCCAUUGAUCUGCCACAAGGACGCGCACUUUCAGACAGAGUACGAAGAUUGUAUUAAUUGCUUACACGUCACCGUGGAGGAUUCAGCAACGUACAUAUCUAAACGCGUCGAGCCGAAAUUCAAAGAGUAUCUAGACUACUGCAACGGUAAACCUCCGGACUGGACGUACGCACCUUCACGAUUGACUGUCGUCACCCGCGCGCACUGGGGACCCCUUACAGACUUUUAUGGCGAACUGGUGGCGGGAGGUCUCCAGACGAUCACGGCGACGGAGCUCAAACCGACGGACAGCAGUGAGACAGGCGGCGGAUGGCCGUCGUCGUCCUCGACAGAAACUGGGAAGACACCCGGGGCAGGAGACUCAGGACCGAUACCAGGUAACUCGGCAUGGAUAGCAGGGCCGGUCAUUGGCGUGAUCACGGCCAUUAUGCUUCUCCUCGGCGCGCUCUGGUUUCUCAGACGACGAAGACAUCGAGCGGUUGAUAAAGAGGAGUCCAUGGCGACCGGUAUUGCCAUUGGUACUCGUGGUGGUGGCUAUGGCCAAGGGGAAUAUGAAAAGCCGCAACUGCAUUCGGAUUGUAUCCCGCGUCGAAUGGAGCUCGAAGGAUCUUACCCGAAUUCACCCAUGAGCCCCAUGUCUGAGAUGACUGCAAACGAAGUCGCGGCUCAGGAGCUUUCAGUGCCGGGUAGUCAGCAUGUUGAAGGGGUCACGGAGAAGAGUAGCUCUGCCAGGCCGGAGAGCCCGGUUCUUGGAUGA